AUGGAUGAAGCUACCUACAAAUACAGGAUGAGCGGACUGAUGUCGGAUUUACGCAUGGGCGACAGCCAAACUUGUGGUGAAGGAAUGUCAGAAUGUCCUGACCAUUUUGGGCGAAUAGAGUUGGCGAGGCUUCAUCAUCGAAAUUUAUUUGUGAACUAUGUAUGGGAUGUUGGGACAUCGUGA